CACGGAAAUCCCCGCCCCGCCUGCCCUCGGAAGUGCUUUCUUAGCCACUGGCGCGCUUGCGCAAGACGAGGUCUUCGUGGCGGCGGUGGCGGCUGAAUAGGCUACGGCCGUGCUUUGGUUUCUCCCCUGGUCUGAUACAGCCCCAGGGCCUUGACCAUGGACUUCCAACAUCGCCCCGGAGGCAAGACCGGGAGUGGGGGCGUGGCCUCCUCCUCUGAGAGCAACCGGGACCGCAGGGAGCGCCUUCGGCAGCUGGCCCUGGAGACCAUUGACAUCAACAAGGACCCUUACUUCAUGAAAAACCACCUGGGCUCGUAUGAGUGCAAGUUGUGCCUGACACUGCACAACAAUGAGGGGAGUUACCUGGCACACACCCAGGGGAAGAAGCAUCAGACCAACUUGGCCCGGCGAGCGGCCAAGGAGGCCAAGGAGGCCCCUGCCCAGCCAGCGCCAGAGAAGGUCAAGGUGGAGGUGAAGAAGUUCGUGAAGAUCGGCCGCCCAGGCUACAAAGUGACCAAGCAGAGGGACACGGAGGUGGGCCAGCAGAGCCUCCUCUUCCAGAUCGACUACCCCGAGAUCGCCGAGGGCAUCAUGCCACGCCACCGCUUCAUGUCCGCCUACGAGCAGAGGAUCGAGCCACCGGACCGGCGCUGGCAAUACCUGCUCAUGGCCGCUGAGCCCUACGAGACCAUCGCCUUCAAGGUGCCGAGCAGGGAGAUUGACAAGGCUGAAGGCAAGUUUUGGACUCACUGGAACCGGGAAACCAAACAGUUUUUCCUCCAGUUCCACUUUAAGAUGGAGAAGCCGCCGGCCCCACCGAGCCUCCCCGCCGGGCCUCCAGGGGUGAAACGGCCCCCACCCCCACUGAUGAAUGGCCUGCCUCCUCGGCCGCCACUGCCUGAGUCUUUGCCACCGCCCCCGCCGGGAGGCCUACCCCUGCCGCCCAUGCCACCCAGCGGGCCUGCACCCUCAGGGCCCCCAGGCCCUCCCCAGCUGCCCCCACCAGCUCCCGGUGUCCAUCCCCCAGCACCAGUAGUCCAUCCUCCAACAUCUGGGGUGCAUCCCCCAGCUCCUGGGGUCCACCCACCAGCACCAGUGGUCCACCCACCAGCAUCUGGGGUUCACCCCCCUGCUCCUGGAGUCCACCCUCCAGCCCCGGGAGUCCAUCCUCCAGCGCCAGGAGUCCACCCUCCAGCACCAGGGGUCCAUCCUCCCCCAUCUGCUGGGGUUCACCCCCAGGCCCCAGGGGUGCACCCACCAGCUCCUGCAGUUCACCCCCAGGCCCCGGGGGUCCAUCCACCAGCUCCUGCAGUUCACCCCCAGGCCCCGGGGGUCCAUCCACCAGCUCCUGGGGUCCACCCAGCAGCCCCUGGGAUCCACCCCCAGCCUCCUGGAGUCCACCCCCCACCUCCUGGGGUCCACCCAUCAGCUCCUGGGGUCCAUCCUCCGGCUCCUGGGGUCCAUCCCCAGCCUCCUGGAGUUCACCCCUCCAAUCCUGGGGUUCAUCCCCCGACUCCCAUGCCCCCGAUGCUGAGGCCCCCACUGCCCUCCGAAGGGCCUGGGAACAUUCCUCCCCCUCCCCCAACCAACUGAAAAGCUGCCCCUGUCCUAGCAAGUCUGCUUUUGUUUUCCUGUGCUUCCCCCCGGAGUGCAGUUGGGUGCUUUUGUACAGGGCUGGGCCCCCAGAGCCCAUUAAAGAGUCCGUGCCGA